UCUUUACACAUCAGAAAGAAAGAAAGAACAGAAGCAAUCUCCAUUACUCGUAUCCGCCGUUUCUCCGGGCUGCAUACUUUCGUGUGGGAGAAAGAACAUGCUCUGAACUAAGAGGCCGUUGAUCUUAUCAUUAAACAAACUUUUCAUUCGCCAUGAGUUGUUAAAUCAGUACUAAAUUCUCUCGGUAUCUGCAAGGACAAUGCCUCGGAAAAUUAACUACGGAGCUGAUGAUUACGAUGACGGCUACGAUGAUUAUGAAGAUUAUGACGACCAUGAUUACGACUAUGAUGUGGAGGGAAACGGCGAAGCACCUGAGUCUAAGCAAGAAACUUCCAAGUCUGGAAUUUGGCGCUGCUCUAUUUGUACUUAUGAUAAUGAUGAGGGCAUGCCUGCAUGUGAUAUUUGUGGAGUUCUCCGUACUCCUCUGGUUAAAGUUUCAGGCAACAAUAGUAACACAACAGGCAAUCUUCUAGACACGAAAUCUUCCAGAGUUUCCUCCAGUUUCUCUGAGAAAAAUGGUGCAGUUGAUAAAUUAAGUGCCAAAAAAUCUGAUAGUGCCAAAGCAUUAGUGCCAAAAGACAAGCAAGAUACCAUGAAUAAUAGAAAAUAUUCGAAAAAUGAAGUAGUACAAGUAAGCACUAGAAGUUCAGAUAGCUCUUCUACUGUAAUGUCAAAAGACAGUCAUGGCAGUCAUUCUAAUGAUGCAGUUAGCAUCUGUUUAAGUGAUGCACAUGAUAGCAGUGGUUCUUCAACUAAUAUAGCUCAACUACAAAGUGGUCCCAGUAAUACAAAGAACUCAUCAUUGUCUCUUAAAUCUGGAAGCUCAUCUAGUGUUAAUGCUAGAAGAAAGAAUUCAAAUACACAGUAUAAGCCUGAAAAAUGGAUGCUUCCUGACAAUACAGGAGAUAGAUUGACUCAACUAAAUCUUGCAAUAGUUGGCCAUGUUGAUUCGGGAAAAUCAACACUCUCAGGUAGACUGCUGUUUCUUCUCGGACGAAUAUCUCAAAAAGAAAUGCACAAAUAUGAAAAAGAAGCCAAAUUACAGGGCAAAGGAUCCUUUGCUUACGCUUGGGCAUUGGACGAGAGCACUGAAGAAAGGGAACGGGGAAUUACUAUGACUGUCGCUGUUGCAUAUUUUGAUUCCAAAAAAUAUCAUGUUGUUGUGCUUGACUCCCCUGGCCAUAAGGAUUUUGUUCCAAACAUGAUAUCUGGAGCAACACAAUCUGAUGCUGCAAUUCUUGUCAUAGAUGCCUCGGUCGGUUCAUUUGAAGUUGGUAUGGACAGUACAAAAGGGCAGACAAGGGAGCAUGCACAACUCAUUAGAAGUUUUGGUGUUGAUCAACUUAUAGUUGCCGUCAACAAGAUGGAUGCUGUGCAAUAUUCCAAAGAUCGGUUUGAAUCAAUAAAACUACAACUUGGAACAUUUCUUCGUUCUUGUAAUUUUAAGGAUUCCUCCGUGUCAUGGAUUCCAUUGAGUGCCAUUGAAAAUCAAAAUUUGGUGGCAGCUCCUUCUGAUGUUCAGCUUUCAUCUUGGUAUCAGGGGCCCUGUCUGUUGGAUGCAAUUGAUUCUUUACAACCUCCUGCUAGAGAUUUUUCAAAGCCUCUAAUUAUGCCCAUAUGUGAUGUUGUUAAAUUACAGCAUGGGCAUGUGUGUGCCUGUGGUAAAUUGGAGGCUGGAGCUCUUCGAAGUGGAAUGAAGGUCUUAGUCAUGCCAUCUGGAGAUAUAGGCACUGUGCAUUCCCUAGAUCGUGACUCUCAGGCUUGUGCCGUUGCAAGAGCUGGAGAUAGUGUAGGUGUCAGUCUUCAAGGUAUUGAUGUAAGCCAUGUGAUGGCUGGAGGUGUGUUAUGCCACCCUGAUUUCCCUGUCGCAAUUUCAACACAUUUGGAGCUGAGGGUGCUUGUUUUGGAUUUUGCAGCUCCUAUUUUAAUUGGUUCUCAGUUGGAAUUUCAUAUACACCAUGCAAAGGAGGUUGCAAGAAUUGUAAAGAUAGUGUCAUUACUUGAUACAAAGACCGGAAAAGUUACAAAAAAAGCACCCCGCUGUCUUACUGCAAAGCAGAGUGCAGUAGUUGAGGUAGCUUUGCAAGGACCAGUCUGUGUGGAGGAGUUCUCAAACUGUAGAGCUCUCGGUAGAGUGUUUCUAAGAGCUUUAGGAAGAACUAUUGCUGUAGGCAUUGUAACCCGUAUAAUUGAGGAUCAAGCCUAA